AUGCUGGCUCUUCUCACCACAUUGCUUCUCAUCAGCCUGCUUGCUGCCGAGCGACUGGAGCGCGGCCAUGCUGUGGACAUUUCGUCAGAUCAAUACCGAAGAAGCAGUGAUGUAAUCACCCAAAAACCCGAAUUGGAACCUGCAGCAGGCCAAGACAGCAGCUUUGGUUACAAAGGAUCUCGUCUUCGCCAGGAAGACUCCCCUCCCCGCAUUGUUGAGCACCCCUCUGACCUGAUUGUGUCCAAGGGGGAACCAGCUACUCUCAACUGUAAGGCCGAGGGCCGUCCACCACCCACGGUAGAAUGGUACAAGGACGGGGAGCGUGUCGAGACCGACCGCGACAACCCUCGCUCGCACCGCAUGCUCUUGCCUAGCGGCUCGCUCUUCUUCCUACGCAUCGUCCACGGACGGAGGAGCAAGCCCGACGAUGGCAGCUAUGUGUGCGUGGCCCGCAACUAUCUGGGCCAGGCAGUCAGUCACAAUGCAUCGCUGGAAGUAGCCAUUUUACGUGAUGAUUUCAGACAGAACCCAGUGGACGUCAUGGUUGCAGUGGGCGAGCCUGCAGUGCUGGAGUGCCAGCCACCCCGUGGACAUCCUGAGCCCACAAUCUCGUGGAGGAAAAAUGGUUUGAACUUAGACGACAGAGAGGAACGAAUUACAAUCCGCAGCGGCAAGCUGAUGAUCACCAACAGCAGGAAGAGUGACGCAGGAAAAUACAUUUGUGUUGGAACCAACAUGGUCGGGGAGCGCGAGAGUGAAAUCGCUGAACUCACCGUGCUUGAGCGCCCCACCUUCCUCAAGCGGCCCAGCAGCGCGGUCGUAUUGGCAGACGGAAGUGCCGAGUUCCACUGUGCGGUUCAAGGUGAUCCUGUUCCCACUGUCCGCUGGAGGAAAGAGGAUUCUGAGCUGCCUAAGGGCAGAUAUGAAAUCCUAGAAGACCACACAUUGAUUGUUCGCCAAGUGACCUCUUCAGAUGAGGGUUCUUAUACAUGUGUGGUGGAGAACAUGGUUGGCAAAUCGGAAACAUCUGCCACGCUUACUGUUCACGUCAACACUGUGCCGCCUGCAUUUGCCUUACGACCCAGGAACCAGGUGGCAGCAAUAGGCAGGACCGUCACCUUCCAGUGCGAGGCCACUGGCAACCCGCAGCCUGCUAUCUUCUGGCAGAGGGAGGGCAGUGAGAGUCUCUUGUUCUCAGCCCCGCAGCCCUUCAGCAGAGUGUCUGUCUCCCAGAUGGGCAGUUUGACCAUCACCGAUGUUCAACAUUCUGAUGGCGGGCUGUACAGCUGCCAGGCUCUCAACAUCGCUGGCAGUGUUAUUACCAAAGUAUUGUUGGAAGUUACCGACUCCGGCUCGGAACUGCCUCCCCCUGUAAUUAGACAGGGCCCGGUCAAUCAGACUGUUCCUGUGGACAGCACUGUGGUGUUGAGUUGCCAUACGACCGGCACGCCACCUCCUUCGGUCCACUGGAAGAAAGAUGGUGCGGUGUUGUCACCAGCGGACACGCGCUUGUCCGUAGCAGAAACCGGCUCACUUGAGAUUCGUUACACGAAGCUCGGAGAUACAGGCUUCUAUACGUGUGUGGCUACGAGUCCCAAUGGAGAGGCCUCCUGGUCAGCACAUUUACAAGUGGAGGAGUUCGGGGUGGUGGUCCAGACCAGCCGACCUUCAGGCCCCAACCUGAUACCCGGUGCUCCGACUAAACCUGAGAUCACUGACAUCAGCCCCACUUCCGUCACCCUACAAUGGGAAACCAACCCCAGUGGAGGUGCAACGCCUACCUCAUAUCUCAUCGAGGGAUUCAGUCAUACUUUAGGCAGCAGAUGGGUGACACUAGCCGAGCAUGUGAAGAUGCAGAGCUUUGUCCUGAGGAACCUGAAGCCGGGCACCGUCUACCUUUUUCUGAUCAGAGCAGUCAACGCUUACGGCCUCAGUGACCCCAGCACCAUCUCAGAUUCCAUCCGGACACUCGACAUCACUUUUACUGCUGAGGGAACAGAUCCUCGUCACAUCCAAAGGGAGUUGGGCGAUGUGGUGAUCCACCUAAACACACCAACGGUUGUGUCACCCUCUGCGGUCCGGGUAAACUGGAUGGUCGAAAAGCACUCGCUGUAUAUCCAAGGCUACAAGUUGUUGUACAGGCCCUCGGCUGAACACGGUCAACCUGAGGGUCAGUGGAGUGCGCUGGACGUACGUGCCCCACAUAAGGACGGAGUGGUGAUCGGUCAGCUCAGGAGAGGCGCCAUCUAUGAGUUCAAAGUGCGCCCCUUUUUUAACGAGUUCCAGGGAGCUGACAGUGAGGUGAAGGUGAUCAGAACGUUGGAAGAAGCGCCAAAACGAGCACCCCAGGAUGUUACAGUAACAAAGGGUGAUACCAAUGGCACUGCAGUCCUCAUAUCGUGGAAAGCACCUCCGGUCCCGGAGGAGGCAGGAGUCAUUCAGGAGUACAAGAUCUGGUGCCUGGGUAAUGAGAGUCGCUAUCACGUGAACCAGUCAGUCGACGGCUACACCUUCUCCCUGCUCGUUGCCGGUCUGGCGCCGGGGAUUCGCUACGGUGUCGAGGUCGCGGCAAGCAAUGGUGCCGGACCUGGGGUCAAGAGCAAGGUCAUAUUCUUCCAGUUUGACUCUGCUGGUCAGAUGAUGGAUCUCAGCGAGGGAAAGGACGCCUUCUCGCACAUUUCCGACGUGGUGAAGCAACCGGCCUUUAUCGCAGGCAUUGGCGCCACCUGCUGGUUCAUCCUCAUGAUUUUCAGCGUGUGGCUGUAUCGUCACCGUAAGAAGAGAAGCGGCCUCAGCAGCACAUACACCGGCAUCCGCAAGGUGCCGUCUUUCACAUUUACACCAACAGUUGCAUAUCAAAGAGGGGAAUCUGUGUGCAGCGCUGGCAGACCCGGCUUUCUUGGCAUGGCUGAACCUAUGAACCCGCUGUGGCUGCCAGACAAUUGGCCAAAUUCAUGUGCCAAUCGUAAGGAUUGCAGCAUCAACUGCUGCAAUAAUGGCAACGGCACCAGUGACAGUAACAUGACAACAUACAGCCGGCCGGCCGAUUGCAUUGCCAACUAUGGAAAGCACCCAGAUAACAAACGUGUCUCUGAGACAGCUAUUUAUACUGACGUCAACCUCGGCGAGAAGCUCAACGACAUCAAGACAUUCGACAAUUCCAACUUGUGCUACGCAAGUCCGGGAGGAGAUUCGUCAGAUGCAUAUGAACCAAUCCCCUACGCUACCACCCAACUUAUUCAGGCCAGUAUUAAAAACAAGGCUCAUGCCUUGGAGCCAAUUGACAUGCCCUGCUGGAAUCAGCCACCAAACCCUCCUCCACUGCCAAAAGAGAUGGCCACACAGAUGCAAUACAAUAUCAUAGAGCAAAACAUUCUAAAUAAAGAUCAUCCACAAGGAAAUGAAGGCUUAGUCCAUCACAAAACCAUCGCCUGCAACCAUAACCAAGAUCACAGCAUGGGAGGCUCGCACCACAGCUCAGACAGGGGUAGCAACAGCACCUCAGGAAGUCAAAAUCAAAAGAAAGGACCGCGGGCCAUGAAGACUCCAAAACAUACUGCUGUUAGCUGGGGAGAUGCUCUUUCCCCUCCUCAUGCUAUUGCCUGGAACGGUGAUGAGUACAGCCUCCCCAUGGAGAAGAGUUUUGAUGCAGAGAGACGAACAGAAGGCUGCCCGACUCCACCAAUUCGAGGGGCGGCAUCAUCUCCCUCCGACAUGUCCUGUAGUCACCAAACUGCUACACAUCCGCAGGGAAUCAUCAUGAGCAACGGUGUGCACGAUGGAAUCAACCACCUCAGCUCCACCCCCCUUUACAUGGACACUGACGAGCAAGACGAGGACGCAGAGGAGGAGACAGCACAUGAUCAAAACCACCACCAUCUGCACCAAAACCAACAGCACAUACAAAAGUUACCUCACCACUCCCCGCACAAGCUGCUUUGCCACAGGCUGGAACAGACCCCCGCCUCCAGCACGGGGGAGCUGGAUAGAUCGGUCACAGGGUCCAUGGUUAACAGCUGGGGCUCUGCAUCCGAGGAUAACUUAUCAUCAGGCAGGUCCAGCAUCAUCAGCACCUCAGACGGAUCUUUCUUCACGGAUGGAGAUUUCAGCCAGGCAGAAGGCUUGCGUAUGUGCCGAUACCCAGAGGAGUCAGGUCAGCGACCCAGCAGUCCCAUGUCCACAGACAGCAACAUGAGUCCUGCAAUAAUGCAGAAAAGGCCCAGAAGGUAUAAGCAGAACCAGUGUGUGCAACCAAGCUACCAUCCCAAAGAUGUCUUCAAUGACGACUCGUUCAUGCCUCUGAAUUUCCCCAGUCAGUUAUCCCAUAGCGACUCGAGAGUAAGGGGGGCCACGUUACCCCGGACGGGUUCUGGAGAAGCCCGGGGCCGAAGAGGCAGCACCGGGACUCACCGAGUCAGAGAGGCUCCAUUUGAAGAGUGCGAGAGCCAAGACAUACGCAAGAUUCUACCGAGGGGAAAAGCAAGCAGCAAAAGCAAACAGCACUCAGAAUGUGGGGACAUUCUUCUGUACAGUUGUCCCUCUUUCCCAGCAGGUCCAGCUCAAAGUGAGCCUGAUGACUCCAAAGCAUCCAGCUUUAUAGCUUCUGAAGACGUGAGGAUCAAACACACAGGACAGAUGGAGUCUGUGGGAGUAGAUGAGUUCCUGAGAAGUUGAGAAUCUUUAUGAUGACACCUUAAACAUCUUACAGCUGCUUCACUGAGGGACUUUGGGGUGCAAGUGGUCGACACAGAAAAGACUAAAGUACUGCUCAAUAAAUGCUCUUUUUCUAUAACAAAUUUCUCACUCAAUGUUGGUUGAACAAAAAAGUGCUCAUGUUUAGUAUGUCUGUGGACUGUAUUUUGGCGGAGCCUCUGCCACGGGCCUGAACAAAAGGCUCGCCCGGUGAUGUAAGAUAAAUGCGCACGUUAUGGCUGAUGUGAGUGUUU